AUGGCAUCUGAACUUUUUGCCAACGUUUUCGUUGUGCCUCCUGUUUCUAUGAAGAGACCAGACGGCGGUCAUGCCGGAACUUGGCCCCCCAUUGCCUACACACUGACCUAUGGACCUAAUCCGCAUACUUGUCAACGCUUCAUUCACAAUAGACGGCACGUCAACCUUAACGGACUGGAUUUCUGCAAUAAUCGGCUAGAAGGAACUUGUUGCCGCUUACAUCUCUCAUGGACUUGGUGAUAGCUUCUUUGGCCUGCCCACCCUUCGGAAGUGA